CGUCCGUCCUCCAUCCGCUCAGCGUCCCUUUUGCUUUUUUUUGGCCUCUCACCGUCCUUUCAACUCGCCUUUUCAUACACAUCCUCACCACUCCGCCUUCAGCUCUUCUCGCGCCUUUCACCCUCGCAGGGCCAACGCCAGCCACAUCGCCAUGCCUGGGUUCGAUUUCUCCAAUUACAAUCGCAACGCAGCGCUUCAUGCAAAGGGAGUCCCGCUGCCCAAAGCCACAAGCACGGGUACGACGAUUGUUGGCUGCAUUUUUGAUGGAGGUGUCGUGAUUGCCGCAGACACCAGAGCUACCAGUGGUCCUAUUGUUGCAGACAAGAACUGUGAGAAACUCCACUACAUUACGCCAUCGAUAUGGUGUGCGGGAGCCGGUACCGCUGCAGAUACAGAGUUUACUACUGCUCUUAUCAGCUCUAAUCUCGAGCUUCAUGCCCUUUCGACCGGCCGGAAACCGCGCGUCAUAACCUGCAUGACCUUGCUUAAGCAACACCUGUUUCGUUACCAAGGCUACGUUGGCGCAUAUCUGGUUGUUGCUGGAGUAGACCCUACUGGCGUCGGCCUUUAUACAGUUCAUGCCCAUGGCUCUACCGAUAAGCUCCCCUACGUUACGAUGGGCUCGGGAUCCUUGGCUGCGAUGUCUGUUUUUGAAACUAUGUGGACGCCUAACUUGAACAAGGACCAAGCCAUAGCGCUUGCUUCAGAGGCUAUAAAGGCAGGAAUUUUCAACGAUCUUGGCUCUGGUAGUAACGUGGAUGUUUGCGUUAUCGAGCAAGACAAACCUACUCAGUUGCUAAGAAACUAUAUCCGACCUAACGAGCGGGGUCAGAAAGAGAGAACCUACCGAUUCACGAAGGGGACUACGGCCUGGUUAGACCAGAAGAUCAUCACAAAGGAGGAGAUAGGACGAUACGUCACGGUGCACGAACUCAGUGGAGAUGCCGAUGCAGUGGUCGUGGAGAAGAUGGAUGUCGAUUCUUGAUUUGUGCCUUCCAUAGAUCCCCCUCCCUAAGGAGUAAUGAGACUUUACCGUAUGAUUCUACAGCGACCGUUUUUGCUAUCUUCCGUGUUUCCCACCUAACUCUGUGGCUCUCUUCCUUGAUGUAAAUGGAGAGGAUGAUGAAUGCGCGGAUAAGAGCAAUAGUAAAGGCGUGGAACUCGAUUGCCUUGGAGAUUUUAGCACGGCAAUGGCCAUCUUCCGCGCAAGUGGUUUGCGUAUUACUGGUGAGUUUCGUGUUGCGCUGGGUUCCACAGCGCUUCUAAGUAUCAACUGCUGAGAGUGACCCCUUUUCAUUAGCAUUCGAAACAGUCCGGACUCCUAAAAUAGGAAGAAAUUCAUUCACUCUAGUUCCA